AUGCCGCCAUCUCCCAAUCCCAUUAUCCUCUCACCAUCCACUCCCUCUGAACUCCUCCAGUACAUCAUCUCUCAUCACAGAUACCCAACCACAGUCCUCAUCGGAUGGCCCAAGCAGACAUUCAUCGAAGGCCUCGUCGAGGACGUCACACUGCACCUCUCCCUGCAGCAAAACCAACCAACAGAAACAGAGCCUACAAACAAUUCAACAUCCAAGCUUCACCCCCUCCAACGCAAAACCCUUCUGCAAACCGCCGUCUCUCGCCACAUCCGCCUCUUAUUCAUCCCCAGCAGCACCCAUCUCCGCGCAUACCUCGGCACCUUUUCCGCCUUAGAAUCCAAAAUCCCGCCUCCAAUUCUACUAGACUUGGACGAAUCCGACCCGCGAUGCAAAUCAGAGACUCCCCUGCUGCUCGUUUACGGGUUCCUGGAGCUUCAUCGCGACGGCAUCGAGUGGUCUGCCCAGGGCAUCGGGACCUCAGCUGCGUAUCUCGUCGAAGCGGCGGCAAGGAAUUCUUUCAGGGCUGCCGUGAUCGAACCUAGGGGAUCAAAAGGGCUUCAACUUUUGGAUGAAUUUUUGGAUGAAAAGGUGCCCAUCUUGAGUGGCACAACCAUCAAGCAUGAUGGAACGUGGAGUGGACGGACUGUUCCCAUUAGAGGAGUACUCAGUCGAUGGUUCGAAUUUGAACAACAAGUUGAGAAAUGA